CGGUGUGGAAUGAUCGUUGUGACUUAUCGGAUCGUUUAUAUUUUCACAUUAUUCAGAAUACUCGUGGUAGGGACAUUAUAAGGCAUCAUUUCUUAUCCAUUUAUAGAAAAAAAUGCUGUGAUAUCGUUAAAAAAACUGUUUGAUACCAUGUUCAAUUUGUAAGAAAAAAAUCUAAAGAAAGUUGCUUGUCAUAAUCUCUUUUAUGUCUCUUUUUCUCUCUUUCUCUUUCUUGCGCUUCGAGUUUCGGUGCAAUGAUCUCUUGCUGGAAUAUCGGAAGUUUAUGUGAGACAUAAGUGAAAAAGUGAGCGAGAAUUCAACGCCAAAAAAAUUUCGAAGCAAGCCUACGAAAUUGUGUUGUGCUAUCAUAUAUAAAUGUAUUUUAGUUUGCAAGUGUUUAUUUCUGACGACCAUCUACUUGCGUCCUUCUUACAUCACAUUGGAUUAAUCAGAUUAUGCGCAUUGAAAUAUUCGUGUGAAAAAUAAAAUCAACUAUAGAGACGCUGCGAAAAACAGGUAGAUCGCGCGAGAUUGUAGACGAAGGAUUCAGAAGAGAAUUUAGUGAGGGCGCUGGGCGUAGCGGCGACGAAAUGAAGCAUGCAGCAUGCGUAGUAGCAGUGUCACGGCUGCGCGGUCUUGCCUUCAACCCUUGGUGUCCGCCAGCCGCUAUCUCGCCGUACAUACUCUUUCUGGAGAUUCUUUUUACUUCAUCGUUGAGGCUAAGUCAAGAGUGAAAGAGGUUUAUAUACAAACAUGCAUACUUCUCAGUCAACAGGGCAUGCGAGAUUGUGAACUUUUCGGCCUAGCAAUAUUGUCUGAUGGCGAAUAUCUCUUUGUGGAUCCCGAGAAUAAAUUGAACAAAUAUGCCCCGAAGAAUUGGCGAAAUUCUCAUACAUAUGGUUUAGACAGCAGCGGAAGACCAGCUUUUGUGCUAUAUUUUCGAGUUCGGUUUUAUAUUGAUACACCAUUACUCUUAAGCGAUGAAACGACGAGACAUCAUUAUUAUCUGCAAUUACGUGACAAUGUCAUCAGACAUGGUGGUGGAGUGGAGAGCCUCCAUUUUCAUCAUCCCCUUCACGAUCCAUCUAUCGUUACGCCAUUGCUCGCGCUUGCUGGACUUGCCCUUCAAGCCGAUCUUGGCGAUUAUUCUGAGGAACGACAUAAGCCACAUGCAGGAUCUGUCGGCUAUUACAAAUCCACAGAUUACCUUCCUCCUCAUAUGUGUCUUGAGUCGAACGUACUCGCUGUGCUCACAGUCCAACAUAAGGAAAACAAUGGACUGUCUAGAGAGGAGGCGGAGUUACAGUAUAUUCAGAAAGCAAUAUUAUUGGAGACGCCGCUCAAUGCUCAUUUAUAUCGGUUACGUCGAAGCAAGAAUGAGGUGGGACCUGGACGUAUACUUCUGGCGAUCUGUGCCCGUGGAGUGCGUAUUUAUACUGAAGAGGAAAUACCGCGCACUUUCGCUUGGAACAACAUCGGCAAACUCUCUUUUGAUCGCAAAAAGUUUGAAAUCCGGGCGGUUGAUCAGCCAGAUAAGUUCACUCUCUACAGUGGGUGCGAUGAUAAAAGUAAACUUCUUUUGGGACUUUGCCGUGAUACCCAUCAAUUUUCAAUGGCUAUAGCACCUAGAAUAAAUGAAGUUAAAAGACGAGAAGAAGAAGCGAAUACUAUGAUAACUGCUGAAGAUUCACAGUGCAGCAGCAGUUGCAGCACAAUCGUCAUUGUAAAUACAUCUACGGGCAGACCAUCCCGAAUACGUCGUACUUCAGUGACCUCUAGUUUGGAACUAGGAUACUCACACACAACACAAAACUCCGCAAUAUCCUCGGAGAUAAUCAAUUUCCCGGAUGCUAUUUACGACACAUGUAAGAAGACAGGUUUGCAACUUUGCAUGCGAAGCGAGGUCCACACCACAUCACCGCUGAGUCAGUGCGAAACGAGGUCUAUUAAGUAA